CGGCGGCUGUAGCAGUCGGCCGUCCGAUCAGUUUUAUCAACGUUUUAGUGUUGUGUUCGAAAAUAGUGAUUUAGUUUCGUCAACUUGCCUAACUUUCUUAUAAGCAUACAAAAUGAAAUUCACGGUAGUAUUCGUAACUCUACUAACCAUAUCUUCAACAUGGGCUAUAAAAGCAAAGAUAGAAGAACCUAAAGAUAAAAGAGAAGCUUCUGGCAGUUAUUUACCACAACACAGCGGCCCUUCUCAUCAUUACAAUGCACCCGGCUUAAACCAACUGGAAGCCAGCGCUGUUAGCAUCGGAGCCGGAUACAGCGUGGGUGGAGCCAAACCAAGCUACAGUUUCGGUGAUCAAGGUUCAGGAGCAACAUAUCAAUUGCAACAAGAGGGUCUGCCAGGCAGCGGUCACGCAACUAUUCAACUUGCACCGAUCACUUUACAACCAAGUCACGGAGGUCUGGUAUCUAAUGAUCUGUCUCAGUUGAUGAGCCAAUUAUCCCACGGAAUUAACUCUGGAGCAAUCGCCCUUCCGUCAUCAGAUGGUCAAGGCCAAUUAUAUCAAUUUGCUGGUCAAGGUGGUCAUGCUGGUCAAGAUAUUGCACUACCUCAAUUGAGUUACGGUAGUCCGAAAUUCCAGCAGUAUAGCUUCGGUGAACAAGGUCAAGGAGGCGUCCCCGCCUAUGCGCUCGGUACCAAAGGUCUCGGUACAUUUGGUUCUACUGGUCCGGUUUUAUUCGCUCCUGAAUCAUCCGCUAAUCAAGCCGCUUACAGUUAUGGGGCACCAGCAUCUGGUCAUUCAUUUGAAGGUGCUUCAUUGCCUGGAGGUGAUUCAGGACAUGCUUUUCCUGGUUUCUCCUUUGGAGGUUCUGGACAAUCAUUAGGAGGAUCUUUAAAGGGUUUCAAUAGUUAUGCUGCACCUGGUAAAUCGAGCUUUAAGCCAUCCACAUUUUUGGGUGCUUCCGUUCAAAGUGAUUCAGGUCUCACGCAAUCUCAUGGAGCUCCGUCCUUUGCCAAUUAUCAAACUUCUGCCGGUGGUCACGGUCUUAGCUCGCUGGGGUCAGGUGGACAUGGCCUAAACUUUGGAUCGUUAGCUGCCUACAGUGGUGGUUCAGCUAAACAGGCUGCUCCCUCAUAUUUGCCCCCAAAAUCCGAAGGAUAUGGUUCUCUAGAGUCAAUCGCAUCGGCUUUUUCUGCUAGUGGUCAAAUAGCUUCUCCUCCUGCAACUACAUACGGAACUCCUUCAGGAUCUUACUCAUCAAGCAAUGUACAUUCAGCAUCUGCCCCUAGUCCUGCUUACUAUGUUACAUCCCACAAGCAAUCCUCCCCCAGUUUCGGUUCAGGAAGUUCAUCAUACAGAGGUCCUGUGUCUGGUCAUAGUUCUUUUUCUUCCGGCCCUAAAUACAGCUUCGGCGGACACAGCAGUUCCCGUUACGCACCUCCGAAGGAUAUUCAAGGUUCUUACAGCGAAUCUUCAUAUAAUACAAUCAAAUACAGCGAGGAGCUAAAGCCCAGACAUCACUAAUUAUAAUUUUAUAGUUUCUCUGAGUAUAUUAUAAAAAUAAUGCUGUAAAUAAUUGCCUCGUGUGUGAAUUGAUAUCAGGGUGAAGCGUGAUUGUGAUGAUUUAAUUGAAAUUUAAUCAAAGUGUUACAGUUUUUUUCGGACACUAUAUUUGUGGUACAAUUAAUUAACAA